CCUCCUGUCCUGCGCGGCGCCAGGCGGGGAGGAGUUAAUACCUGCGUCCCCUGCGUUCGCAAUCGCAGCAAGAAAAAGAUCCUCGGCGUUACUAGCCCGCUCGCACGAACGCGAGGCACGUGUGCAUCGCCCCGUAUCAAGAUCGACGACCUCACCGGCCCCGUAUCGGAGAUCUCGCGGAUUUUCACUCGCCGCACAGCCGCACUGGGAUCUCCUGACCGAUCGCUUCCGUCCCACCUUCCGUAACAGGCAAGAAGCCCGCCGCCCCUCCGCGUGUAUUAUAUAUAAAGCGCGCGGUGCCGGCCCGUGGCUGGGCAAGACGGCGGCGGCGGCGGCGGCGUCGACGGGGGGAUCUUGCGCUAGCUGAUCAUCGAUCGCUCUUCUCACGCGCCGCUGUUCGCAGUGUGAUAGCUUUGAGAUGGCCAGCGUCGUCGGUGGAGCAGCAGCGGUCGCGAGUGCGGCGGCGGCGGCGGCGGCGGCGGCCGGUGGGGCGGCGGGCGUGGGGGCGACGCCGCACGUCCUCGCGGUGGACGACAGCUCCGUCGACCGCGCCAUCAUCGCUGCCAUCCUACGGAGCUCCCGGUUUCGUGUGACGGCGGUGGAAAGUGGGAAGAGGGCCCUGGAACUGUUGGGCACGGAGCCGAACGUGAGUAUGAUAAUCACUGAUUACUGGAUGCCAGAGAUGACGGGAUACGAGCUCCUCAAGAAGGUCAAGGAGUCAUCCAAGCUGAAGCAGAUCCCGGUGGUGAUCAUGUCCUCAGAGAACGUCUCCACCAGAAUCAGCAGAUGCCUGGAGGAAGGGGCAGAGGAUUUCCUGGUGAAGCCCGUCCGCGCGUCGGACGUGUCGCGCGUCUUCAGCCGCGUCCUCCGAUGAGCACCCGAUCUCCGUGGAGCGAGCGCGGCGCGCGCGCGGCUUCGGAUUUUUGUAGGGCUCGGGUUGGCAGGCGCGGGAAACGAACGACGUACGGGCAGUCGGUGUCGGUGUCUGUAAUCCAAGUGCUUCGAUAUAGCCGUGUGGUUACGUUUUCUUGUGGUGGAGCCAAGUCUACAAAGGCUGGUCUCCGUGCGUGUUUAAACUUUGUUUUUUUUUUUUGAACCUUGUUGGAUUUUGCAGUUCAGAGCAAGCGUCUGUUUCUUCUUCGGUUGUGUAUGGGCUUCUGCAGUUGUUUUGGUUUGGUUUGGCCUGGUCUAGGGAUCGGAAUUGGUUGAUGAAAGAUGGUGACAAUUUGACGGUGCA